AUGUUGAUGGUAGCCUCAUCAGAAGGUGACUGUAACAAGUUAUACUGCUCCACUUGUCCCUAUGAGUUCCCUAUUAAUGGUCUCCAGAUGUUUGAUAAGAAAAAGUUACCUAGAAAGGAAGUUGAUGAUGUUUUAGGUGGUGAAGGUGCUUGGGACAAUGUUGACCAAACCCCAGCCCAAUGUCCUCGAGAUGUUUGUGGAGGUGAUAAGGCAUACUUCUUCCAGUUACAGAUCAGAUCAGCUGAUGAGCCUAUGACGACGUUUUACAAGUGUGUUAAGUGUUCCCAUCAAUGGAGAGAGAAUUAG